AUGGAGCCAACCGCGCUGCUCGACGCCGCCCGCCAGGCCGCGCCGGCGCACCUGCAGCGUCCCGAGUCUGGCCUGUCGGUCCGCCACGCCGCCGCCGCCACCCGCCCCGGCUACAGCGUCCUCGAGGUGGGCAUCGCCGGCGCCUUCUCCGCCGCGAUAGAGGUGGCGGUGGCGCCCGAGGGCUCUGCGGGCUGGCUGCCGCGGCGCGUGGUGGUGGGCCCGCACGAGGACGGGGCCGCGUGCCCCGCGUACCUGCCGCACCCGCGGACGCACCUCUUCCGCGCCCUCUCCGCCCACGCCGGCUCCCUCCUCGUGCAUCUCGACGCUCUGCCGCCGGCGGAGCGGCUACCGCGGCUCAUCCGAUGGCUCUGCUCUCUGGACGGCCUGUGGACCGAGCGUUGCGCGAUGUGCGACCGGCUGCUCGCGCCGGCCGGGCCGAGCAGCACGCGCCUGCUGCCGCCCACCGUCCGCACGCCGCAGCUGCAGGCGUACCAUCCGGGCUGCUUUGCCGCGAGCCGUGGGUCGGCCUGCUGGGAGGCGGAGUGGGUGGCGCUGAGGGAGUGA